GAACUAUCCGGAAGUAUGUAAAGGAGGAAGUGGUUGUGUUGCGCUGUUUGCAGGGUAGUGAAGAUGGAGGCUCUCAGUAAACUUAAACAGUUUGACGCUUAUCCUAAAACACUGGAGGAUUUCAGGGUGAAAACAUGCGGCGGAGCAACGGUGACGAUUAUCAGCGGGCUGAUCAUGCUGAUCCUCUUCUUCUCAGAGCUUCAGUACUACCUCACUAAGGAAGUUUACCCGGAGUUAUACGUGGACACAUCCAGGGGAGACAAGCUUAAGAUCAAUAUCGACGUCCUCUUCCCCCACAUGCCAUGUGCUUAUCUGAGCAUCGAUGCAAUGGAUGUAGCUGGAGAGCAGCAGCUGGAUGUUGAGCACAACCUGUUUAAACAGAGACUGGACAAGGAAGGAAAGCCAGUGACUCCAGAGGCAGAGAAACACGAGCUGGGAAAGGAGGAGCCCGAAGCUUUUGAUCCAAGCAAACUGGACCCCAACCGCUGUGAGAGCUGCUACGGAGCUGAGACUGAAGAUCUCAAGUGCUGUAACUCGUGUGAUGAUGUGAGAGAAGGCUACAGGAGGAGAGGGUGGGCCUUUAAAAACCCGGACACCAUCGAGCAGUGCAAGAGGGAGGGCUUCAGCCAGAAGAUGCAGGAGCAGAAGAACGAAGGCUGCAAGCUGUACGGAUUCCUGGAGGUCAACAAGGUGGCUGGGAACUUCCAUUUUGCACCAGGAAAAAGCUUUCAACAGUCCCACGUGCAUGUACACGCUGUGGAAAUUCAUGACCUGCAGAGCUUUGGACUGGAUAAUAUAAACAUGACUCAUUUCAUCAGACACUUGUCAUUCGGGGAGGAUUACCCAGGAAUCGUGAAUCCUCUGGACGGAACUAACGUAGCUGCAGAGCACGUUUCCAUGAUGUACCAGUACUUUGUGAAAAUCGUCCCGACAAUAUACGUGAAAGCUGAUGGACAGGUGGUGAAAACGAACCAGUUCUCAGUGACAAGGCAUGAGAAAAGAGCCAAUGGUCUGGUAGGAGACCAGGGCCUGCCGGGGGUCUUCGUGCUGUAUGAACUGUCUCCCAUGAUGGUGAAAUUCACAGAGAAGCAGAGGUCGUUCACACAUUUUCUCACGGGCGUAUGUGCCAUCGUUGGAGGAGUGUUUACAGUGGCGGGACUCGUAGACUCUCUGAUCUAUCACUCUGCGAGAGCCAUUCAGAAGAAGAUCGAGCUGGGGAAAGCAUCGUAGUGCGAACGACGGGACUGGAGAUAAAUGGACAUCGUUCACAGGACACCGACUACAGAGGCGUUAGAGCAAUGAAAGCAGGAUCUAACUUCAGAAUUCAAAAUCAUUUCUAGCACAGCCCCUUGCUCGGUGCCCUUCUCUGUCUUUGUUUUUCUUUUCUUUUAAGAUACUGAUGACUGAACUGUGGUGUUACUGUGUACUCUAUAAAAACAUGUAUUUGUCGUUCUGUCUAUAAGUGGGUAGCACAGAUUACCAUGUGAACCCUCAAUGUGAGUCUCCUGGAGGCAGCCCAGUUAUCUGUCCGGGAAUGCAAUUCAAAGUUAUUAAGCAAUAAAUGCCUGUGCAGCAGACGGUGCCAGCCAGGUAAUCGAGAGUUUCAUUGCUGCUACAAAACACUGAAGAGAUCUCAACCGAGAUCCCUUCAUGAAAGACAAGCUCGGGAAUCUGGCUGGUAAGGUCUGGCAUGAAACUGAAAAAACGCCUGGAAGUCAGGAGAUCUUUUUAAAUUGCGCCUCUUGGUUGUGUUGUUUGUGCCAGGUCACCCUUUUGAAGGAUUAGAUAGAUCGAUACAGAAAAGGAAACCGUAGUUACUGGUAUGAUUUUGUGGUGGUGGAUUUUCACAACACUUGUUUGUUUUCUUGGUGUGAGGCAUUUAUCUUUCCGGGUUGUUUUCUGAACACAAAACAGCAGUCGGAAACAAUGCAUAGAUCUGUCUUUAAACUUGACGUGUCUGAUUCCUGGAGUUGGUUGGCUGGCUUCUAGGAUCCUCUCUGCCAGUCCAUUCCCACGUGUGCAGGACAGUACUGUACAGAGCAGUGCAACACCACUGUGCACCCCCAAGCAAUGCCUGGCUCAGAGUGUGAGUUACUGAUUGCAAUCAGGAUUGUAAUGGCUAGUAAAUGAAAACCUGCCAGUCUUUUGGACUUUUCAAAAAUUGUAAAAUAGACUUUCUGAAAUAAGUUCUGGAUUCGCUGUUUAAAUUCUGUAGUUCGUUCGGAGUAACUCACAGGAAAAGAGGUUUAAUGGAAAACACAACAGGGAUCAGACACACACAGUCAAUGAAAAUGAGGGCUUUAGGAAAUCAAACUAAAUGUCUCGCAGUCCACGAUGUGCACGUUGCAAUGGACAUUUUAAAGAUUUGUCAUAAACUGACCCUCCUUUUCUGUGGCGUUUAUUAACACAUCUAGGGUUAUAUGUAAACUUCCACUGAAUAAAAACAUACUUAAAAACUGCGAUGAAGCGAGAGUGAAGUAAUGCUCUUAAUGUUUCAUGAGGGAUGCAGAACACAUCUUAACUAAUAAUAUUUGGGUUAGUGAGAGUGAAGCAGCAGCUGCCCUGUUUGUGUGCUUUUUCAGCGCCUGUGAUUGGACAUUCUCCCGGUAACUGGGGUAAGAGGGUAAGAGCUGUCAGGGUCUGUGCGUGCGGGCUUGUGUUUAGUUUCCGUGAGAGGAGGAGAGCUUUGUGCGUCAUGUGAUGCAGCUCAUUAUCAAUUCAGACACACCCCCUCCUCCCUUUAGCACACAGAGACACACCCUUUCCUAGUGAUUCUCAACUUGAUCAUAUUGAUGAUAAUAAAACACUAAUGACUGCCGUGUCAAGUAUAGCUCUUCCUGUUCUUGCAUUGAUUCCUCGCCACGGGACUCUCUCUGUCUCUCUGCCUCUCUCUCUGUCUCGCUGUCUCUCUCUCUGUCUCACUGUCUCUCUCUCUUGCUGUCUCACUCUCCCGCUCUCUCCAGGGUUAGAAGCUCACACUGGUCCUGCACCCAGUCCUGGCUUUCACAACCCCCUCUGUUGAGUAGUAUUAUUGAAAUGCCUAAAUACAUAGAGAUCAUUUGUGUAGUUGUUUGGUACUUUUUUGAGUGUAAUUGUAAUUCUGCUGUGAUUGUAUUAGCAGGUCUGAUUGACCCCAGGUCUGUGCAGGAAUGAACAUGUUUAAUUGAAGCUGUAAACGGAAGGUAAAUGCGAACCUGGAUUCUCCUGCUAUGUUGAUGGUUAUCAUUUGGGAUGAAGGGAGAUCUGCAAGAGAUGUGUUUUAUUUUCUUAAUUUUGUUUGGACCUGCCGGGAAUGUAUUCCUGAAUAAAAUUCUGAUGCAGGUCAUUUAAAA